UCCCUCUGAGGCUGGCUCAGUGAAUCUCAGUGGGAUUUUUGGGAGGAGCAUAGUGGACACUCAUCUGCCAGUAAGAAAACAAAUCACAAAUCAUGUUUGGCAACUCAGUGUCACACAGAUUCUCCCCACCUCACAAUUCCCUAGCUGGAGAUAUACCAUGCCAGGUGCUUCUCAGCUCUGGUGGAAGACAGCAGCCCUGAGUACACUUGUGGUUGCAGAUGUGGGCGGCUCAUGUUGGCCUGCCCUGAGGGUUCACGUCAUUGCCUGCUGCAGUUAUCUUCUGGAUCGGGUGAGGGGCUUUGCUGCACUCCGUGGGACAGUCACUAACAAGCCACCUGCAGGCUUGCGAUGGCACUGGGCAGAUCCAUCUGGGAAGGUUGGACCUUGGAGAAUGAGGCCUUGAUUCGAGAUGUGGGCACCUGGCUCCUGCUCUGGACCUGUAUCUGCUGGGGAGUCUCUGUCCCAGAGGAGGGAGGAGGGACAAGGGCUGAAACUUUCACUUGCCUCACCAACUACAUCCUCAGGAUUGAUUGCCACUGGUCUGCCCCAGAGUUGGGCCAGGGCUGUGGCCCCUGGCUCCUCUUCACCAGCAACCAGGCACCUGGCAGCAAGCACAAGUGCAUCUUCCAGGGUAACACAUGUACCGUGGUGCUGCCACCUGAGGAAGUGCUGCUGCCUUCUGACAACUUCAGCAUCACUUUCCACUACUGUGUCUCUGGGAAGGAACAGGUCAGCCUCGUGGACCCACAGUACUUGCCCCGGAGACAUGUUAAGCUGGACCCUCCCUCUGACUUACAGAGCAAUACUAGCUCUGGCUCCUGCGUCCUGACCUGGAGUAUCAGUCCUCCCCUGGAGCCAAUGGCCACACUUCUCAGCUAUGAACUGGCCUUCAAGAGGCAGGAAGAGACCUGGGAGCGAGCCCAGUAUAAGGAUCACAUAAUUGGGGUGACUUGGAUUGUCCUUGAAGCCAUUGAAUUAGACCCUGGAUCCACCUAUGAAGCCAGGCUGCGUGUCCAGAUAGCCACUCAAGAGGGGCACAUGGCAGAGGAGGAGCGUCUUGAGGGUCAGUGGAGCAACUGGAGCCAGUCUGUGUGCUUCUCCUCUCCUCGAGUCCUGUCCACAGGCCUCUUAAUUUCAUCAGGCAUAUGGCCAGAGACCAUCCUUGUUGCUGUAACCAUCUUUCUUCUGCUGACUGGCCUGACCUACCUCCUGUUCAAGCUGUCACCCAGGGUGAAGAGAUCCUUCUACCAGCACGUACCCUCACCAGCGGCGUUCUUCCAGCCCCUCUACACUGUGCAUGGUGGGAACUUCCAGACCUGGACAGGGGCCCAUGAGGCUGGUCCACAGCCAGCUCAGGAUUGUGACGCCACUGCACAAGGAGUCUCAGAGCCCAGCGUGUGGGAGGUCAUCACUCUGCUCACAUAUAGCCCAGCACAGCCCUGGCAAUCCUCAGGUCUGGAGGAGGAAGCAAACCCUGGUUGUGGCCUCCUAAGGGGCUUGAGCUCAAAGGAUGUGCUGCCAGCAGGGUGUGUGGAGUUUGGGGGACAGUCAUCCCCCUAUCUACCACAGGAGGACUGGGUCCACAUGUCGUCCAUCAGACCAGCUCGCCCAGACUCAGAGGGUGGUAGUGGCGACUACUGUGUCCUGAAUUGCUAUGGGGGUUGCCAUCCCUCAGCCCUCCCAGGACAUAUGCAGAGUCCUAUGCCCAUCACAGCCUUGGGUUGUAGCCUUUCCUAUUUCCAGCAGGGUUUGUGUGUCCAGCAGGGAGGCACCUGUGAGGGACCUGGUCACAGCCAGGGUCAUGAGCUGCUUGAGGACCUCUAGGGUGUUUUGCUGCCUCCUGUUCUGGGCACACUGUGGACUCGGUCCUGGAAGUCUAGAACCCUGACUUAGCCAGCUGUAUCAUGUCCAUUUUUGGAAAAUGGACUAAAAUCCCUGGGCCCUUAGCCUGGGACUGGACUUGCCGAGAAGGGGAGCUGGAGUGGUGAGAGGCUCCCUGUCUGGAUGGAGGCGUGAGGCUCCUCCCCCUCCACUUGCCCCAGCAUCCUGACAGCUAUCCCUCCCUUCCCCUCUCCCCUCCUGGCUUCAUCCCAGGCCUCUUCCUCCCAGCCUGUUCUGCCCAGGGGAUACAGGUGAGACACCAAGCAGGUGAGCAUCCUUUUGCUGUGCUUCUUGUGGCACCUUCCACAUGGAGGUGAAAAGGGUCAUCUUGUCUGUUCAAAAUUGGAUGUCUGGGGUAGGAAUUGCAGGUAAGAGGGCCAGAAAAACUCCACCCCUGGGAUUUUUGGGCUCUAAGAACAUCAGGGAGAAAGCUCAGUGACCUCAAUUGAGUGACCCUGGACUCAGUGAUGGGCUAUAGAGGCCAGCUUCUUGGGCCUCCUUGUCUUCAACUUCCUGCUGGCCCCGGGAUGCUGAGCACUGAGGCCAGAGCUCUCAGACAGGGUGGGUAGCAGAGGGCCUCGCUCCCAUCCUCUUGUGGGGUGGACUUGGGGAGACAGCUAUGAUCUGGAGAGUGGUGGACAGAGCAGAAUGUACCUGGAUUGUUUUCCUAGGGCUGCUCUAACAAAAUACCACAAACAGGGUGGCUAAGAAGCAGAGAAAUCCACAGUUAUUCUGGUGGGCUGAAUAGUUACUUCAGUUACUUCUCUGUUUUGUGAGGGUAUUUCUUUUUUUUUUUUUCCUAACAGCUUUUAGUAUUUUCUUCUUCUUCUUUUUUUUUUUUUGAAUUUCUGGUUCUUUGACAGUGAUUUGUGAAAGGAUUUUUUCUGGAUGUGGCCCUUUAUCCCUCUUAUACUUGACUAUUAAAUUCUUUCCCUAGAUUUGGAAAAUUUUCUGCUAUCAUUUCAGUGAAUAAAUUUUUUAUAUCUUUUGAGUUACCUCCUCAUUUUUCAUUUAUUCUUAUAAUUUGGGGAUUCUUUGUUUGAGUCAUCUAGCAGUUGCUGAAUCCAGUUUACAUGUUAUCUUGUCAUUUUUAGGAUAUCAUUGAGUUUACGAUUACCAUAUCCAGCUUGUCUUCCUGUAUUUCUGACAUUAUUUUCACAUUGGUCACAUUUGCUGCCCAUGCUUUCCACUGAAUUUUCAUAAACUAUGUCCUCUUGACUUCAUUUCAGCCUAAUUCUUUAUCAAAAUAGCCUCAGUUUAUUGUUUGCUUCUUCUUUAAACUUAUUGAACUUUCGUUUUCACUUUUUUUUUGACAGGGUCUUGCUUUGUAGUACAGGCUGGCCUAGGAUCUUGAACUUACUGUGGAGCCCAGGCUGACUUUGAACAUGUGGUGAUCUUUCUACUUCGGUUUCCACAUGCUAGAAUUACAGGCAUGCACUACCAUGCCCAGCUUGAAUGUCUUAUUAAUAUCUUUAAUUAAAUUCAUUGUGUCCUUUA